AAUGACUUUCUGGCAUUUGACACAUAGAUGACAGCCACUGUCUGUCACUACAUACAACAUCAGUCCGUUGCCGAAAUGGCUGAGUUGUUGUUUGUGCCGUUCAAAAAAGCAUCGGAGGUAGAUAUUGUAAAACCAUUAAGAAAUUUAAUCCAUUCGACGUACAAUACGGGGGAGCAUCAUGAAGAUUACACUGAAGCUCUAAACGAGUUAAGUCGGCUGAGAGCUAGCGCGAUUUGGAAAAUAUUUGAGAAGUCCUCUCUAGAUAUUGUCUACAGCUACUAUGACCAGCUGGCGUCCCUGGAGAGCAAGAUCCCGCCGCAGGAGGUGCAGAUCCCUUUUAAGUGGAAAGAUGCCUUUGACAAAGGGUCACUAUUUGGAGGUCGGAUGAGCCUGACAAUUAGCUCUCUUGCAUAUGAGCGCAUGUGUACACUGUUCAACAUAGCUGCGAUGCAGAGUGUGAUUGCCUCCCAGCAGCUGCCGGACAGUGAGGACUCCUUGAAGACUGCAGCAAAACUAUUUCAGCAAGCUGCCGGUAUUUUUGCAUACCUGAAAGGCAACAUAAUGAUGGCAGUCCACCAGGAGACCACACCGGACCUCAACCCUGAGACUCUGGACGCCCUCAGCAAGCUCAUGCUGGCACAAGCCCAGGAAGUCAUUGCCUUCAAGAGCAUUCGGGACGGCAUGAAGGAGGGCAUGGUGGCCAAGGUGUGCUCACAGGCGGAAGAGCUGUACACGGACGCCGUGCGCGCCAUGCAGAAGGAGCAGCUCAAGCCGCUGUGGGACCGCGAGUGGAUGCCCAUCGUGACCGCCAAGCAGACGGCGUUCCGCGGGCUCACGCAGCUGUACCAGAGCUACGUGUGUAACGCCAACAAGGCGGUGGGCGAGGAGAUCGCGCGCCUGCAGCUGGCUGAAGAGCUGCUGCGGCGCGCCGCGGGCCGCGUGGUGCAGAGCGGCUUCCUGCUGGAGCAGGCGGGCCGCGCCGCGCGCGCGCUGGCCGCCGCCGUCAAGGACAACGACUUCAUCUACCACGAGCGCGUGCCCGACGCCGCGCAGCUGGAGCCCGUCCCGCGCGCGCCCGUGGCCAAGCCGCUGCCGCCGCCCGAGCGCUGGGCCGCCGACAAGGACCUGUUCGCCGCGCUCGUGCCCGUGGCCGUGCACCAGGCGCUGCAGACGGCCGCCGCGCGCCGCGCAGACCUCGUGUCCGCCGAGAUCAACAAGCUGCGCGACGCCACGCAGCUGCUCAACAGCGUGCUGGCGUCGCUCAACCUGCCCGCCUGCCUGGAGAGCGGCGCCAACGGCGGCGAGCUGCCGCCCUCCAUCCGCGCCAAGGCCACGGCCGUGAGGGCCGCCGGCGGCCUGCCCGAGCUGGAGCGCCUCAUGGCCGAGCUGCCCGAGCUGCUGCAGCGCAACAAAGACAUCCUGGACGAGGCGGAGCGCAUGCUGCGAGAGGAGGCGGAGGCGGACGGAGCCCUGCGGCAGCAAUUCGGCUCGCGGUGGACCCGCACCGAGUCCGCCAAACUCACCGAGGCGUUCCGCGCCAACGCGGACAAGUACCGCCAGAUCAUCGACAACGCCGUGCGUGCAGACAACAUCGUGCAGCAGAAGUUUGCUCAGCACCGCGAAAAUAUCGAACUGCUCAGCGGCAGCGAGGGCGACAUGACGGCCGGCGUGCCCGACGGGCCCGACACGGGCGACACGACAGACGCGGGCGGGUCCGCGGCCGUGACGCGCCUGCGCGAGCUCAUGGCCGACGUGGAGUCGGUGAAGGCCGAGCGCGACGCCAUCGAGGCCGAGCUCAAGGACGCCACCGUGGACCUGCGGCCCGCCUUCCUGAGCGCGCUGGCGGCCGACGGCUGCGUGGACGAGCCCGCGCUGUCGGCGGGCGCGCUGGGCGCGCUGCUGGCGCCGCUGCAGCGCCGCGCGGGCGACACGCUGGCGCGCCAGGAGCGCCUGCUGGCCGCGCUGCAGGCGGCGCACGCGGCGCUGCCCGCCGCCGCCGCCCGCCCCGCGCGCGCGCAGGCGCUGGCGCGACUGGCCGCCGCCGCCGACGCCUUCCAGGAGCUCACCGCCAACCUCAACGAGGGCAUCAAGUUCUACAACGACCUGACGCAGUUGCUGGUGGCGUUCCAGAACAAGGUGUCGGACUUCUGCUUCGCGCGCAAGACGGAGAAGGACGAGCUGCUGAAGGACCUGACGCAGGAGGCGGCCCGCGGCAGCGUGAGGCCCGCGCCUGCGCCGCCGCAGCAUCACGCCACCGAGCCGGCAGCAGUGGCGCGGCGCGAGCCCCCGGCGCGUCCCCCGCCACCCGCGGGCGCGGGCCCCGCCGCCGCGCCGGGCCCCGCGGCCGCCGCACUGCCGUACCCCACGCAGCCGCAAGGCAUGCCGCUGCCGCUGGGCGCGGGCUACCCGUACUACGCGGCGCCGAUGCCCGCGCUGUACAACCCGUACGCCACGCUGCCGUACCCGCACCACGCGCGCCUGCCGCCGGCCGCGCCCUACCAGCCCUACCAGUACCCGGCCGCGGGCCCGCACGCGCCGCCGCCGCCGCCCGCCGGCUACAACCCCUACCCGCCGCAGUAGCCGCCCCGCGCCACCCCUCACUGUUUAUCUAUUGAAUUUCUAAUAAUAAUCCCCGUCGACGCAGACGACUAUAAUUGUUUAUGAAGAAAAUGUAUAAAUGUUGAUGAUUCGAUCAUUUUAUUGAAAGUUGCGGGAGAAUAGCUAUAAAUAAGAGUACGCUCGGCCGCGCCGUGAUGCCUGCUAGAGCUCACGGGGAGUCGGGCCGCACGCUGGUGCUUGUAAGAAUAAAUCUAAUUGCAUAUAUCAACAACCUCAUAAUUAUGUCAAAAUAUUUGUUAUUUUUCAUGCAAUAAAAUGUAGAAGAAUAUUAUUUUAUUAAUAAA